AUGUCAUCCCUCACCAGCCAAGAGUCGUCCACCACACAACCCCAGAAUCCAGUCAACCCUAGCAAAGACGCCGCAGGUAGCUUCAAAGGCGAUCCAAGCGUGCCAUUCAAGAGUGGCAGCUCGACCGACCCUGCAGGUCUAAGCGCCUCAAUCGACAAGCCCGCAUGCGGCCAGCACAAUGCUUCCGAUACCUCGGAACAGCGGCGCGGGGAAGACAUGACGCAGAACACGAAGCAAGAGUAUGAAGGAGAUAGUAGCUUGGGUACGAAAUCGGGAAGCGAGAGUUUGAUGGACAGCGUGGAGCAAAGUAUGCAUCAAGGUGGUGAUCAGGAUAGAUCUGAUGUCGAUGUGGGUCAGGUCACUGCUAGAAGAUAG